UGUUUUCGUAGCAACAGAGACGCGAUGCAAAGCAAGAUGCCUGUUUCUAUCAUUAGAAACGUGGAGCCGGUGAAGAAGUACGUUGAGGAGGCUCUGGCAGUGGAGUUAUUUUUCACGGAGUUGAACACGACCGCUACGUGCCUCAUCUGCCGGCAGAAAGUACUAUAUAAAGAAUAUAAUAUGAAGCGGCAUUACACUGCUAAACACGCAAACAAUUAUAGUAAGUACAAUGGACACGAGAGGAAGACCGUGUCCGAUCAUCUUCACGCAGACUUUUACCGCUGCAAAGAGACUCAAACAGGAUCCAUUCUUGGAGGACAAUGUGAACCUAAAAGAGACCGCCAGACAUGCCAAGUCUAAAGCUAAUAUCUGCGACCGACACACAGUAUUCAGCAGCUGUGCUGAAGUCGAUGAAUGAGCAGCGAAAUCAUGGAUUAUUUUGCGACGUCACUAUUAUCAUACAGGACAAGAAAUUCAGAGCGCACAAAACAAUCCUGUCUGCCUCAAGUUCAUAUUUCCACCAGCUCUUCAGUGUAGCUGGACAAGUUAUCGAGUUAAACUUCAUCAGAGCAGAAAUCUUUGAGGAAAUUCUCAAUUACAUUUACAGCUCCAAAAUUGUCCGCGUCCGCUCUGACAUGCUUGAGGAGCUCAUAAAUGCUGGACAGAUACUGGGAGUCAAGUUUAUUGCAAACUUGGGUUCACCAUUAUCACAAGUUAAGGGACUACCUGGUUUGUCAAAGGAGGUGGAAUGCAAAAGUGACACACCCGCUGAGGUGAUGCCGAUCAUCACAGAAUCAUUCUCAAUAUCUGCGGAGGAAUUCAAUCAGACGAGCACACCUGCAGGUAAUGAUGAGGACUCGGACAGUGAUGUUAUGUUUGUCUCUCAGACAGAUGGUCAAACCAGAGCAACCAAUCAGAAAACCAACUCUGCAGAGGUCAUUGAUUUGGAUACAGCAGAUUCAGAAAAUGUAGCACCAAAACAAAAUGAAGAAUCAAAUCAUGCAGUUGCAAAACAAACAGAGAAAGCCAGAGCCCCCUCAAGAACAUGUGCUACAAAGCCUCCCAGCAUCCGUUGUCAAAACCCCAGUUUGCCCAACAGCAGCCCUCUGCGCAGUCCAGACAGCAGCUCCAAUAACUCGUCUUCCCCUGCCAGAGUUUCCUCAGGAAGUGCUCCUACAACACCAGCCAGGUCAAGCAGCAUCACGCCUGAGCCCUCUAGUGCCUCUCAGUCCUCUGAAAACAGCGAUAUAUUGGGAGUCCACAAAAAACAUGUCUCUACUUCACCUCAGCAAGGGAAUUUCAAAAUACGGCUCUUAGAUGUGUCUGAAAGCACAGUAGAUCAAACCAACACUCCCAAAUCAGCUAUAGCAGCAAAAAAGACAGUGACACUGAAUACAGCCACAGAGAUUGAUUCAAUUUCAUCAGGCUGUAAAGUCUAUGCUAAUAUUGGAGAAAAUACAUAUGACAUUGUCCCAGUGAAGGAAGAUCCAGGCGAAGGAGGCUCUAAAGCCAAUAAAGGGAAGAGAUCAUUAAUGGCAACGCCUUUGAAACCCUUUGAUAAAACACCCACAUCAACUCAGGCCAGCCCAAACAAGAAGAGGACCAAAACAGAGCUUGAGGAUCACUAUGAGCUGAUUAUGGAUGGGAAGACUUUCUACGUGUGCAUUGUCUGCAAGCGCCCCUACGUGUGUCUGACAAGUCUCCGUCGUCACUUCAACACCCACUCGUGGGAAAAGAAGUACCCGUGUCGCUACUGUAACAAGGUCUUUGCUUUGGCAGAGUACAGAACUAAACAUGAAAUCCACCACACAGGAGAGCGGAGGUACCAGUGCUUGUUGUGCAAUGAGAUGUUCAUGAACUACCAGGUACUGUCCACCCACUGCAAGCAAGUCCACAACCAGGACCCCAGCGGGAGAAAAGAGAAAGAUGAAGCCGACAAUAACUUGUACCGACUGCUGCCGUGUAAAACGGUGCAGAUGAAACCAUACUCAUGGAGUACCGACGGGCCGGGGGUCCCCGUCAUCUCCGAGGAUGGCAGCGUGCAUCAUAUAACCACAGUCGGCGAAGACAUCAGGUCUUCCACCCAGAGUAGAAUGUUGAACUGGGACGACAUCUUUGUUGAGCCCGAAGCUCACAUGCCACCUGAUGCUCACGCCCAACCAGAGUCCACGAUGAACACUCCUCCACAGGGAGCUACAGAGUUUGACUUUGUUAUACCAGAGACUUACUGAGCAACUCUCGUUGCUCCAUUGCCUGUGCCUUUAAGGUGCCCCCCACCCAUUUUCCUCUUUGGUUCCAUGUCAACAAUAUUCUUCUGUAAUUCUAGAUAGUGUCAGCUUAAGGUAUGGUUACUGUAUCCUUACCCUUUAAGAACAUUUGUAUUGUAAUAUUGUACUAAACAUGUCCGCCAGUGCCCGCUGGAGAUGGCAUCGAAACGGGAAACGAAAAAAACUGAUUUUACUCUGCUUGUGCUAAUAGUUGAUCUUUGGUAUCAUUGGAAUAAAUGAUAAUCACAUUAGCAAGAAAACAUAGAAGUGGUUCACAUGGAGGAAAAUCUAUAUGGAACUGCCCCAGAAAUAUAAAGGGGGGUUUAAAUCAAAAAUAAUAAUCGUGUUCGUUAAGGUUUUCUCUGAAUGAGACAAGUUACAGCUGGUGCAGGCUCAAACUGAUGUUGACAUUUCCUUUUGGGCCUCAAAUUCUGAAGAUUUGCAUGGAAGCAUUGAAAUGAGAUAUUUAAAUAGCGUUAUCCUUUUAGUAGCACCUUUAAGGCCAUGUUGCCUAAAUCAGUUAAGGAGAACAUUGAGCUCUAUUCCAUUAAAUUGGAACUGGAGUCACUUAUUUAAGAUGGUGAAACCUCAGCUGAUGACUUUGUGUAACCAGGUGACCUUUUUCCUUUGGUCUGGAUACAUUUAUGCAUCUGUGGUUUCUAUAGAUUUGUGUAAAAUACAGGAUGCGACCCAUAAUCAAAUAAAUCAAGGUUGUUUGAAUUUCUCUGUUUUUGAGUAUCAGAGGAAAACCAUUUAACAGAUACAAGGAGUUUCUGAAAUGACCAUUCCUGGUUUUCGUUCUGUACAAGAGAAUGUUGAUUAUGGUCUGAAAUAUAUUUUUUCAUUGUGAUCAUUUGUGAUCCCACAUGUGGGUAUUGUGACAGGGAAGAUAAAUGAUUUUAAUUGCUGGGAAAAAAACAAAUAUGGCUUAUUUUUUUUGUCCAUUAAACACCUGUUUUAUUUUCUGUAAAUUUUUGACGUCUUGUAAGGAGUGUUGCAAAAAUCUGCCAGUCUUCGCAGAGUAGGCUAGUGAUUUUGCAUACAAAUGUGAUGAUAGGAUUGACAGUAACUGAGGAUUAUUUCAGUUUGCACAUAUAGCACUUAGCUUGGAUUAGGCAGAAUCCUUUUUUUGUAAUAUUUUUACUUUUUCACUCUGAUUUUCCAUUGUCAAAAUGUAGUGAUUGGUCAGUAUGAGUAAAAAAGGUAGUGCUAACAAGAAAAUCUAUUCUGCUGUUCAAUAAAAUAAUGCAGGUUUUGUUUUGUAAUUAACAGAUUAACAUUGAUGUAUGAUGUACAGUGUAUAUUUGUGUUAAUCCCUUUUUUUAUUUUUAUUUUUUACAGUUGUAUUUAUUAGGGACAUAGCAGUAGACAAAAUCAAGUAGUUCUGUUGGCAUUGUACAAAAUGUCCCUUUUCUGUCAAUUAACAAUGAGGGUUCCCUGAUGGUAAAUAAAUUAUUCUUUUACUAUUUUUAA